AUGCCCCUCCAUAACUCCAAGUCCAUGCAUUCCGCUCCGAAUUCCCGUGACACUCAUAAUCUCCUCAACACGGUAAAAUCGCGUACGCGACUGCCCAGCCACUUGAAAAUGGCGCAUGAUACGGAUCCUAGCAGCCGCCAUUGCGAGACUCAUAACGUAUUCCAGUUCGACGCGCCUAAGUCAUUGUGGAACCGUAUGGGCAACGGAAUCAGCGUCGGAGGAGUUCCACAGAACCAAUCAGGAGGAUCUACUCCCGCUGCACAGAGUUUACGCGGGAAUAACGCUUCUACUAGCACGUUUCCUGUGGAUUCGUGUCCCCCCAACCUCCCCACUUCACGCAUUCGCCCAUCACUCCUCUCACUACCAUCACAAGACGUCGAACCCUCCUCCGCGUGCCCCCAUCGGAAGCCUCACAAUAUCCCACCCGCGUCACCGUUCUCUCCUUUCCCAGCGUUUCCGACGCUGGCAAUUCCCCGCACCAGCAGCCACUCGCUGCUCUCCGCGGCUGGCGCCGCCGACGACGCUUCCAGCCUUAGAUCCGGCGCGAACGCGCAAGCUGAGGCUGGUUGCGUCUUGCGACCCGACUCCCCCGUCGACUCUCCGCAUACCCCGAUGGGCGCAACGACUCCGCCCGCUUUUUCCGCCUCCGGAGAAUCCGGUUUCCGAGACCGUGAGCCCAGCACGCUAAUGGAAGUGUGCGCGCAUAGCGGCGAGUUGCAGUGGGAGUGGUAUCACUGGCUGUACCACGGGCGGGAAAGGACAGUGACGCGAUUGGAGGUGUGGGGCUCGGAGGUGUACGGGCGCUGGCUGAGUUUCCGGGCGACGUGGAUCGGUCGCCCGUUGCAGUGGGCGACAGACAUCUGCAUCUACCUCUUCCUCCUGCAAUCCGUCGACCGUCUCGUGCUCGCCUUGGGCGGCUUGUACCUUUUCCUCACCCGCUACCGGCCGCAACCUAAGGGCCGUUACGAAGCCGACGCGGCAGCGGAUCCCGAGCGCCCCGCAUCCGACGCUUUCCCCAUGGUUCUAGUCCAGAUUCCGAUGUGUAACGAGCGUGAGGUUUACGACCAGUCGAUCGCUGCCGCGUGUCAGCUCGACUGGCCGGCUAGCCGGUUCCUGGUGCAGGUUUUAGACGACAGCAGUGACGAGGAGACGGCGGAUAUGAUUCGCGCGGAGGUGGAAGCGUGGGCAGCGCGAGGCGCGCCGAUCGUGUACCGGCACAGGACGGAUCGCAAGGGUUACAAAGCGGGUAACCUCGCGAGCGCGAUGGCGUGCGCCUACGUGCGAAAGUACGAGUUCGUCGCCAUCUUCGACGCGGAUUUCCAGCCGCGCCCGGACUUCCUGCGCCGGACCGUCCCGCAUUUCAAGGACCAGCCUGACGUGGCACUGGUCCAGGCGCGCUGGAGCUUCGUCAACCGCGAGGAGAACCUCCUAACGCGGCUCCAGCACGUUAACCUGGCUUUCCACUUCGAGAUCGAGCAGCAAGUCAACGGCGCGUUUCUCGGCUUCUUCGGGUUUAACGGCACCGCGGGCGUGUGGCGGAUCGCGGCGCUGGAAGAUAGCGGCGGGUGGCUGGAUCGGACGACGGUGGAGGACAUGGAUCUGGCGGUGCGCGCGCAUCUCAAGGGGUGGCGCUUCGUGUUUUUGAACGACGUGGAGGUGCAGUGCGAGCUGCCGCAGUCGUACGAGGCGUACCGGAAGCAGCAGCACCGAUGGCACUCGGGCCCCAUGCACCUGUUCCGGCUCUGCCUCGGGGAUAUCGUCGCUGCUAAGAUCUCCCUAUGGAAGAAAUUCCACCUCAUCUUCCUCUUCUUCCUCCUCCGCAAAAUGAUCCUCCCCUUCUACUCCUUCCUGCUCUUCUGCGUCCUCCUUCCCCUCACUAUCUUCGUACCCGAAGCCGCACUCCCCCUCUGGGUAGUCUGCUACGUGCCCGGAGUAAUGUCCCUCCUCAACGUGCUCCCCUCGCCGCGGUCGCUCCCCUUCACCAUCCCGUACCUGCUCUUCGAGAAUACCAUGUCUGUGACUAAGUUCCACGCCAUGGUUGCGGGACUGUUCCAGCUCAAGAGCGCGCACGAGUGGGUGGUUACCAAGAAGACCGGCGGCGCGCGCUCGCUGGACGCUAGCGGCGGCGGUGGCGGUAGUGCUUUAGGCGGUAGUGCUCUAGGCGCGAACGCGAGUUGCUCCUCGCCUCUUCCCUUCUGGAAUUCUCGUCUGCUUGCCUUAAACUAUUUCUGUCUCUCUUGCUCUCUCAUGCAGAAGCGAUCAGUGCUGGGUGCUCUUUCCAGCAACGUUCUGGCGCGAAACACUGAGCAGACGCCACGGAAAGCCAAGACUUCUCCUAACGAUGACUCUAAUCACGACCACAGCCACAGCCACAGUUACAACUACAAUUACAGUAGCACAACCACCCCGCUGCUCCGCCCCACCCCUCCGCCCUCCCACCAACUGAACUCCUGGAGAACAACACCCAACCCCACAGCACCGCACAUAGCUCUUGCUGUCACACCUAUCGCCAUUGGUGCUGCUGGAAAGGAUCCGAAGUUUCAGAGUGAACCAACUUCAGCAGCGGCGACGGCACCGAAGGCCAAGGUGACCCGCAGGAUCUACCCCAAGGAGCUGGCGCUAGCGGCGCUGCUGGUGACGGCAGCAGCGCGCAGCCUGCUGUCAGCGCACGGGCUGCACUUCUACUUCCUGCUCUUCCAAGGGCUUGCCUUCCUCAUUGUCGGCCUCGACGUGCUCUCAGACCCGUGA